AUGAGAGCUCGGCAGCGAGGGCGACACUAUCAACGGCGGUGUUGUGUGGCAACUCUCACCGCCCGUAUCGACUACUCAGGGCGCCGGGGUUCCAUGACGCAACGUUCGUCGUCGCCGUCGCCGCCGCCGCCAUCGGCGUCGCUUCCGUCACACUUCAGCGAAGGCGGCGGCGCGCGCGAAGCGCGUGUGGGGAUGGAAGCCGAAGCAUCAAAAGCAUGCAAAGCUAAAGCCAAGGGGACCGAAGCGCGGAAAUGGAAAGAAGCGCGGGGGUGUAAGCGCGGAUGUAGCAUGAUGAUGGAAGUAAGUGUGGGGAGCGAAGCUAAGCUUGAAGCUGAAGCGAAGCACAGAGAGCGAAGCACAGGGAGCGAAGCGCGAGGAGCGAAGGCGCAGCGCGGCGAGCGAAACGCGGGAAGCGGAAAGCGGAUUAAGCGCAAAGCGAAAAGCGCGGGAAAAGAAGCGCCAGGAGUGAAGCAAGGGAGCGAACACGUAGAGCGAGGCGCGGGGGAAGCGCGCAUGAGGAGUGCGUGGGACGUGCGGGUGCCGCCGGAUCAGUCCACGGCCUCGUGGGAGCCUGGACGCCCCUUUCCGUCGCCGCCGCCGCCGCCCCGUUGGGCGAGGAGCGCCGGGCGAGCGACCACGCGUGAUCGAUAUCUCGAACUUCCCUCCGUCGCCGCCUCGCCCUUCGCUCAAUCAGACGCUUCAUCAAAAGUUUCCCGAUGCAGGCCACCUACGCCUCCUAGACGGCGACUAGCCUUGCCGAAGUGA